AUGCGAUGCGACGCCUACUACAACCCGUACUCAACCGAAUAUCCCCCCCCCGCCCCCCUUCGGCUACGCAUAAGAAUGGCGGCACCAGGUAUAACAGGUCGCACGCGGCCUACCAAGGUCAAGAAGCGUGAAAACAUACAGAAAAGGAAGCGCGACGAUGUCGACGUAGAGAAAUUGGAGCAAGCAGUGCAGGCACUGGUAUGGCAGCAGUGUCGCAUGCUACAUGUGUAUAAACGGCUAAUUUUCUCCUUCCAGGACCCCAAGAAUGGCGACUAUAAAGACUUCACUGAUCUCCCCCUCUCCGAACCUACCAAACAGGGCCUCAAGUCGUCCCAUUUCGCAGUCAUGACCGACGUCCAGGCCAAAGCCAUCCCACUGGCUCUUCUCGGUCGCGACAUACUCGCUGCGGCCAAGACAGGAAGCGGCAAGACGCUCUCAUUUCUCAUACCCGUUCUCGAAAACCUCUACAGGUUGCAGCAUGUUGGCCAAGAUGCAGGCUUGGGCGCAUUGAUCCUUUCUCCUACUCGCGAGUUGGCCAUCCAGAUAUUCGACGUCCUCCGCAAGAUCGGACGGCAUGGCCACAUGUUCUCAGCUAGUCUGCUCAUCGGCGGCAAGAGUCUAGAGGCGGAGCGGAAUGCGUUGCCCAAGACCAACAUUCUCGUCGCAACGCCCGGUCGACUGCUUCAGCACCUGUCACAAACGGCCAUGUUCAGUGCCGACGAUCUCAAAAUGCUGGUCCUGGACGAGGCUGACCGCAUCCUUGACAUGGGUUUCCAGCGCGACGUGGACGCUAUCAUCGACUAUCUACCAAAAGAGAGGCAAACGUUGUUGUUUUCAGCUACACAGUCGAAAAAGGUGUCGGACCUUGCACGUCUGAGUCUCCAGGAUCCGGAGUAUGUAUCUGUUCAUGCUGAAGAUAAGAGUGCGACACCCAAGGGCCUCACGCAAAAUUACAUUAUUUGUCCUCUCGAGGAGAAGAUGGAUACGCUCUGGAGUUUUAUACAAGCAAGCAAAAAGUCCAAAAUUCUCUGCUUCUUCUCAACAGCCAAGACUGUGCGAUUUGUUUACGAAUCCUUCCGACACAUGCAGCCAGGUAUACCACUGUUACACAUACACGGACGGCAAAAACAAGGCGCUCGACUUGAAACUACGGCAAAGUUCUCUGCGGCGAAAUAUUCGUGCCUAUUUGCGACGGACGUAGCUGCCCGAGGUCUUGAUUUCCCAGCAGUCGAUUUUGUCAUUCAGGUCGAUUGUCCUGAUGAUGUUGAUACUUAUAUCCACCGCGUCGGCCGCACAGCUCGUUACAAUCGCGAGGGUCGCGGUGUCGUAUUUCUUGCACCAAGCGAAGAAGAGGGCAUGCUGAAGCGUCUGGAAGCUAAAAAGGUGCCCGUGGAGAUGAUCAAUGUUCGCCAGAAGAAGCGAACGACAAUCAAGGACCAACUACAAAACAUGUGUUUCCAGGAUCCAGCGCUCAAAUACCUAGGUCAAAAAGCCUUCAUGACGCAUGUCAAGUCAAUCUAUCUACAGAAAGAUAAAGAGGUGUUCAAGCUCAAGGAAUACGAUCUUGAGGCAUAUGCAGCAAGUCUAGGGCUGCCCGGCACACCUAGGAUCAAGUUCUUGCAAAACGAUGAUAGCAAGCAACGGAAACAGGCAUCACGACAAGUUAUUGAAGUUUCCGACUCUUCAGACGAAGAAGAAACAACGAAGAAGGCGAAGCCUGUGCGCACAAAGUAUGAUCGCAUGUUCGAGAGGCAGAACCAGGAUGUAUUGGCCGAACAUUACAAGAAGCUUGUCAGACGUGGAGACGAGGAUGGUGCCGCAGCCAACGACUUUACGGGCGCAGAGACUGGGGUUAACGGUGAUGUUGAUGACUUCAUGGCUGUCAAGCGAAGAAUACCCGCGUCAGACGACGAGGAAGACUUUGGCAUUGCCGAAAGCGAAGAGCAAAUUGCACCUGGUGGUCGAAUAGUUCACUUGGCGGGAGCUUCAAAACCUCUCGUUAUCGACAGCAAUCGCCGUGAGAAACUCCUCAAAUCCAAGAAAAAGCUUCUGAACUUCAUGGACAAAGGUAAGAAGCUUAUCUAUGAUGAUGAGGGCAACCCACAUGAAGUCUAUGAGCUCGAAACGGAAGAAGACUUCAAGAGGAAAGGCUUGCCAGAGGAACAACGGCAGAGAUUUAUCGAGGCCGCACGAGAAACCGUGCAGACGGCAGAUAUUGAGGACAAGGCAACUGCUAAGGCGAAGAGAAAAGAGAAGCUCAGGAAGCGCAAGGAGCGCGAGAGGAACGAAGCAACUGAGGGUGUCGACCAGGGAGCCGAGGUCGCAGAUCCUGGGGAAGAUCCACUGGCCAACUUUAGGGCCGAUGCAGAAUACAGCGAUGAAGAAGAGGAACUACCGAAGAAGAAGGAGAAGAAGUGGUUCCAGUCAGAUUCAGAAGAUGAUGAGAAGAGCGCUAAGAAGCGGAAGAAGAACAAAUCGAAACACGUCGUCGAGCAGCCAGAGACAUUGGAGGAUAUGGAGGCUCUGGCUGCCGGACUUCUGGGUUAG